UUCAUCUGUAUAAAUAUGUAUCCGAAUAAAAAAAAACAAAAGCCAACACAAUUCAUAAUAGCCUAUUUAGGGGUUGAUGUAUAAUUCUGAUGAUGAUUUGUUGUUACAAUGUACUGUAGCAAGUACUGAAUGACGCAGCUCAUCACAUGCUUCAGAGUAACCAAAGAGAGAAAGAAUCUCGCGCCACCGGAACUCGCCGCGGAUUGCGCCAGAAAGAAGGUCGUCACAAGUUAUUACAGCCACAAAGUUGUAAACCCCGCCCAUUUCUACAAUUUACCUUCUCAAAAUGUGAUUUUAAACCUUACCCUAACAGUAAACACACUGAUAACGUGGCCAAAAUGAUGUCUGAAGAAAGUGCACCUAUGAGGCACAUUGAUCUUGGGUCUCCUCCUGCUCUGGAACCACCAGCGGCUGGUUACAGGUUCCCCGGCCCUCCGCCACCCAUCUACUCCUGCACUCUGACCCCUGAGCUGGUAGCCAAAGCCCGGGAGGAGCUACAGGAGAAGCCCGAGUGGAGGCUGAGAGACGUGCAGGCCCUGAGGGACAUGGUGCUGAAGGAGCAGCCUAACCUCCGAACCAGGCUGGACGAUACCUUCCUCCUGCGCUUCCUACGGGCCAGGAAGUUUGACUAUGACCGUGCCAUGCAGCUUCUCCUUAACUACCAUACCAGUCGGCGGGCCUGGCCUGAGGUCUUCCAGGACCUGAAACCUUCCACUAUCAAACAUGUGUUAGACCUGGGCUUCCUCACUGUCCUGCCCCAUCCAGACCCUAAUGGACGCUACAUCCUCUGUCUCAGACCUGGAAAAUGGAAAGCGAAUGAUUAUCCAUUUGAGGACAACAUCCGGGCAAUUUACCUGACUCUGGAGAAGCUGAUUCAGCCAGAGGAGACUCAGGUUAAUGGGAUCGUCAUCUUAGCAGACUACACUGGGGUGGGCUUGUCUCAGGCAUCCAAUCCGGGCCCAUUCCUGGCCAAGAAGGUUGUCAGCAUUCUUCAGGAUAGCUUCCCAAUAAGAAUCAAGGCUGUUAACAUCAUAAAUGAGCCCCGGAUUUUCAAAGGGAUCUUUGCAAUAAUUAAGCCUUUUUUGAAGGAGAAGAUGGCAGAGAGGUACGUUCUCCAUGGAUCAGACCUGCGUUCUCUGCACCGCAACAUCCCUCGAUCCGUCCUGCCAGAUGAGUAUGGUGGGGUAGCCGGCCACCUCGACAUGUCAGCCUGGUCGAAGACAUUACUGGACUCUGAGGAGGAGUUUAUAGUGGAGUUCUGCCAGCCAGAUCCUCUAGAGGGCGUAGUUCUCCCAAACUCCAUGCUGUUUGAAGGGCAGCAGCCCGGUGGUGCUGCCCAGGAUGAUGACACCUUCAGGGGUCUACGCUCUCAGCUCUACUACUGUUACUGAUAGUGACCAUCACCUCUCUCUCGUUUAACUACUGUGAGGACACUAGCCUGGUCCCAGAUGUGUUUGUGCUGUCUUGCCAACGCCUAUAGUCAUUUAUGUGACAAUGGCCAUAGGAGUUCGUUAAACAGCACAACUGGAUCUGGGACUAGGCUAUGAGAACACUACUGUUUCUUUUGAAACAUUUAUCUAUGUUUUAUCAUGGUCCCAUGGGGCAAGUUUUCAAUGUUAUUUAGUAGAAAUCACUACAGGAGGAGCUAAAUAGUCGUCUGGGCCCAUAUUCAAAAAGCGUCUCAGAGUAGGAGUGUUGAUUAUAGGAUUGGUUUUUACCUUUGAGAUCAUAAUUAAUACAGUUAUAUGGACAUGGGAGACGCUUUACGAGUUCAGGGCCUGCUACAUGGCCAAGCAUAAGGCAGCUUCAGGUUUUGGCAAAGAGGCUUAAUAGGAGCUGCCUCUCGGUUUCAAACCAUUUCCAGUGUUACAUUUAUUUCCUAUAGAGGAAGACGAUCAACUGUGCCCAUUUAAAAUGCCACUCACUUCCGCUUUCUCCUUAAUUUCUCAGAAUACAUGUACUGAGGCUGUUCCUGUUAGACUUCCUCUGCGUGGUCAUAUUCAAACACCAUGUUGUAGCCUUACCGGAUCCAUACUUUGCCUUAAUCUAUUUUCGAUAAUCAUUGAUGUGCAAGGGGUUAUGAAUGGGAUUUAAUUUGUAACCAUGCAAGGUUGCCACUUUUAUCCAAAGCAACUUACAGUGCAAUGAGUGGAUAGCCUACAAUUUUAGCAUGUGUAUGUGAUCCCUGCAGGAAUUGAAACCAGUGAUGAACUUGCCAUCGGUGGUGUCACGCUCUUACUAACUGAGCCACUCAAGACCUGUAAUGUCUGAGUUACUGAGAUCCCUAGCCUACAGUAUGGCAUGUGCAUUCGUUCUUAUUAAGACACAUUUUACUAGUCCUGAUCAGUUAAUACAACCUGGCUUCAAGGACGUAACAUAGUAAACAUAAAUCUGUGACACUCAAAUUACAGUAGUAUGAUAUGUUACAUUUGGUAUGGUUACAUAAGACAGAAGGUUACUUAAGCCAAAAACUAAAGUGGGGAGGAUGGGUGGGCGUAUAACGCAAACGUCUAGCAACCCAAAGGUCACGUGUAUCGAACCACAUCACAGACAACUUUAGCAACUUUGCAACUACUUAGCAUGUUAGCUAGCUAACCCUUCCCCUAAACUUAACCCUAACCUCUAGCCUAGCUAACGUUAGCCACAAAAAAUUGGAAUUCGUAACAUAUCAUACGUAUCGCCAACUUGUAAGACAUUGCAGGAAUUGCAAUUUGUAACAUAUAAGAAAUGGAUUGUGGACAUCCACAAAUUAAUACAUACCAUACAUAUUUUGUCAUUGUUUUUAUUUAACUAGGCAAGUCAGUUAAGAAUAAAUUCUUAUUUUACAAUGACGGCCAAACCCUCCCGUAACCCGGACGACGCUGGGCCAAUUGUGCGCCGCCCUAUGGGACUCACGAUCACGGCCGGUUGUGAUACAGCCCAAUAUCGAACCAGGGUCUGUAGUGACACCUCUAGCACUGAGAUGCAGUGCCUUAGACCGCUGCACCACUUGGGAGCCAAUAUAUUAAAUGGAGGGAGACAGAUUUGUGUUUACUAUGUUACAUCUACCCCUGAGUCCAGGUUGGUUAUUUCUCGUUCAUCUUGAUUUGAUUUCACCCACUAGCAUUGUAGAUACCAGCCCAUAAUGUUUUGUUUUAAUCGCAAACCCAGGGUACAGAAGCCAGUUCUAUCGGGGACCCCACCCAGCAACACUGGAGCUAUAUGUCAGUUUUUGCCAAAUGUUUUAUUAUUACCACAGGUCAUUUAGAGAUGAGGUUAUAUUGCCACCAAGAAUGUGCAAAGCUGUCAUCAAGGCAAAGGGUGGCUACUUUGAAGAAUAUAAAAUAUAAUUUGUUUUGUUUAACAAUUUUUGGUUACUACAUGAUUCCAUAUGUGUUAUUUCAUUGUUUUGAUGUCUUCACUAUUAUUCUACAAUGUAGAAAAUAGUACAAAUAAAGGAAAACCCUUAAAUGA